UAUUUGACGUUGCAUUUUCAUUUUUUCUAGUUGGUAGUAGCACUGAUAGUGACAAAGAAUCUGAAGCUAUGCAUAAGACAGAUGAUUCUACCACUCUGGUGUCAUCAGAUACCGGCUCUGAUAUACCUCCAUCUGACCUUGAAGCAAGAUAUGUUGCUAAGGAUCUUUUCAGUAUAAUGUUUACAUGUCAUAAUUAUUCACAUCCAUGGAGAUCAUUACUUGCUCACAGUGUUGUAUUAAGUCAGCCAGUAUUAGCCAUAUUAGCUGCUUGUUAUAAGGAAGCAGUGAUGUUGGAUUGUUUGUGUGUCUGGCUUCUGGUUUCCAUGGAUGAAGUUUCUGUUGCCAAAGUUGCCAAAGCUAAUGACAUGACAACAGUGCAGUGGCAUAAAUGGGACCUAGGUGAUUUUUCCCAAAUUUUGGAUAUUAUUGUUGAGAAGGGGUAUCUAUCUAUGCUUGUAAAAGGUUUCCAAAUUUUUGACAAGGAUUGUAGCUUGUUUGCAUUUGUACAGUUUCUGGAAGCUUUUCUGGUUGGUCACGACACUGAAAAAUGCAAGAAAUGUUUGAAAGAGUUUUAUGAUGCUCUUCUGUUGCUAUCAGCAGACCUGUCUUCUGUCCAGCAGUCUGGAGUAUGGCAGUCAUCGGAAGGUAGAGAAGCGUUUUGGUAUAAGUGCCAUGAGGUAUUCCAACUACAUCAAACAUCAUCCGACUUUGCUGCACAGUUUUUCAAGGAUCAUGCUGAAUCCUCAAGCAUGUGUGUAAAAGAAAAGGAGUUGUUGCUUGGUUUAGCACAUCACUGGCUUGCUAAAGAUCUAAUGCAUGUACAAAGGGAGGAGUUGCAAAAAUUGGAACAGCAAAUAUGGCUGUGUAGAAUUCAGAUUGAAGUAUAUAAUGCUGAAACGCCAUCACCUGAAGAUGAGGUGAUGACGACUAAUUCCAAAGAAAUGUUUAAACUCCCAUUGAACAAGAAGAUAAAACCAGAAUUCGGUCACCUUGGUAACAAAGAGCUUCUUUUGGAGGAAAUUUAUACCAUUUCAAAGGAAACUGUACCAAUAUUGACAGCACUCAAGGAGAAACAAGCUCUGGACAGAUUGAUUGGAGCACAGUUAGAAGCACAUUGCAUCAGCCAGGCACUGAGCCUAGCAAAGCAGUUUAAACACUACAAUGAAAACUUGGCUGUGGUGAUGACGUGUUUGCAGUUAGCUCAGGGAAGACUAAACACUGAUGAACUUGAUACAACCAUGAAUGAGUUGUUGAUCAAAGGCAAAGGCAGAAGAAAAUCAUCACCCUGGGCAGGCACAAUGAGUCGUUCAGCAAGUUUUGCAAGUUUAAGCAGUGCACAAACUGAAUAUCUCAGUCGUGAUGCAGAAGACUUGGUAAAUACCAUGGAAACGCUAUCUGAAAACUGCAAAUUGGGAAAGAAGUGCUGUUACCGAAUCAUUAACUGUUUUAGUAUUGGACAGAUUCUGAAUAGAAGUUACGUUGAUAUCGUUAAUCAGAAUUGUUUUGAUGUCCUGAAAGAUGUGUUAACAUCAGAUCACAUGCAUAGAUUUCAACUUGCUAAGACCUAUAUAGCUAGUAGUGGAGCUACAGAUCAAGAGCUUGCUGGGUUUCUGUCAGACGCCAUCACACAUUCUUUGUCAGUAUUUACAGGACACCAGGAUGGAGAUAUGCCAUGCCAGAGUAGAGAUUUAAUAUUCAGUCCGAUGGAUAAAAAGGAAGACUUUGCUAAUUUGCUAUCACUGUGUGAUAACCCGGCAGUUCUUGGAUACCGACUUGCUGACACUGCUGCAUACUUGGCAAGUUCAUUUCCUGAAGAUCCAAAUAAAGUGCUUGCCAUGGAGGUUGAGUUAUUAGUACGCAGUCAUCAAUGUCAUACACUGUGUUGUAACAUGGAAGGUAUUGCAUCAAUAUUGAGAACAUGCAGAGUAAGAAGUAUAAAGUUGGCAUCAGUUGAGGAAUACCCAUUGCUGGUCAGGAUGUUAACCGGGGUUGGUAGGUACAGUGAAAUGACCUAUAUCAUUGACAUCAUCAUAAAAGCUCAGCGGUUUGAACUACUCUUCAUCAAAGGAAAAAAGGAUGACAAACUGAAAGUUGCUCUGCUGGACUAUUUAAAGAAGUACUACCCUGACGAUAAGGAUAUUUUCACUAUGAUGGCACUCAAAUUCAAUAUGUACAGGGAGAUUGCUGAAUUGUUACAAAGCGAUGCCAAAAGAUUUCUCAAAGAACUUAAAGAACAGUUUAAAAAUAUGGAAGCUAACCCAGACUUGCAGGAAAAGUUGCAAAGAAUUCUGAAUCUAUUUUCCGAUGCUGCAGAUAGCUAUGUUAAAGAGGGAUGUCUGCGACACGCUGAGUCAUGUGUGAAAAAAGCCAGAUUGAUAGCAUUACAGAUACAUCUACUAUCUACAAGAACUAAAGUCAUUAAUUUGAGUCAGAGGGAGGUGGUAUUUUUUGUCGCUACACAUCCAAAGUUUUACGAGCAUAUUGACGAUGUCAGCACUAUUAUCACAGUCAACUGCUGCAGCGUACUGAUGAUGUUAGCACUCAUAAAUUACCAGUCAACUGCUGCAGCAUACUGGUGA